AUGCCUCGCUUAAGAAACACCAUUGCCUCUACCAGAGCCAACCGGAACGAAGCGAAUGAUGAUGAUACCAACCGAAACGAGGCGAAUGACAAUACCAACCAAGAGAACCGACGAUCAUCUGUGUUCAUUGAUGGAGAUGAUAAUGAAGAACAACAAAUGGUGACAUUGGAGGAGUUCCUCCAGUUUGUCUCUGAAAAGCCUGAGUGGCUGUAUGAGAAGCUCUGUUCAAUCCACCAACGAUAUGAAGAGUGCAUUGACGAACAAGGAGUGCAACGUGCUGAAAGAGAACUCCAAGGCAGGACUAAGGAUGGGGAGAUUGCUCUUCUGCGCUGUGAACUGGAGGAAGUUAGAGAACAACUUCAGGACCGCAUUGACAACGAUGAGCAUGUCCAACGGGAGCUAGCAGAGACUAGGUCUGAGCUGAGCGUGAUGCAUAUAGCCGCCAGAUUGCAAAGAUGGCCAUGCAGUUGA